AUGCGUGAGAUUGUCCACCUCCAGACCGGCCAGUGUGGUAACCAAAUUGGUGCCGCUUUCUGGCAGAACAUUGCCUCCGAGCACGGUCUCGAUGGUGAUGGACACUUCGCCGGUCAGUCCGACCUCCAGCUGGAGCGUAUGAACGUCUACUUCAACCACGCCAGCGGUGACCGCUACGUUCCCCGUGCCGUCCUGGUCGAUUUGGAGCCCGGUACCAUGGACGCUGUCCGUGCCGGUCCCUUCGGCAAGCUUUUCCGUCCCGACAACUUCGUGUUCGGUCAGUCCGGUGCUGGUAACAACUGGGCUAAGGGUCACUACACUGAAGGUGCUGAGCUGGUUGACCAGGUCGUCGAUGUUGUCCGUCGUGAGGCCGAGGGUUGCGACUGCCUCCAGGGUUUCCAGAUCACCCACUCCCUGGGUGGUGGUACCGGUGCCGGUAUGGGUACGCUCCUGAUUUCCAAGCUUCGUGAGGAGUUCCCCGACCGCAUGAUGGCUACUUUCUCCGUUGUUCCCUCACCCAAGGUUUCCGACACCGUUGUUGAGCCUUACAAUGCCACUCUCUCCAUCCACCAGCUCGUUGAGCACUCCGACGAGACUUUCUGCAUUGACAACGAGGCUCUGUACGAUAUCUGCAUGCGUACCCUCAAGCUCUCUCAGCCCUCUUACGGUGACCUGAACCACCUGGUCUCCGCCGUCAUGUCCGGUGUCACCACCUCCCUCCGUUUCCCCGGUCAACUCAACUCCGAUCUCCGCAAGCUGGCUGUCAACAUGGUUCCUUUCCCUCGUCUGCACUUCUUCAUGGUCGGCUUCGCUCCCCUGACCAGCCGUGGUUCCUCUCAGUACCGCCAACUCAGCGUUCCUGAGCUGACCCAGCAGAUGUUCGACCCCAAGAACAUGAUGGCUGCCUCUGACUUCCGUAACGGUCGUUACCUCACCUGCUCCGCCCUCUUCCGCGGUAAGGUCUCCAUGAAGGAGGUUGAGGACCAGAUGCGCAACAUCCAGAACAAGAACCAGAGCUACUUCGUUGAGUGGAUUCCCAACAACGUCCAGACCGCUCUGUGCUCCGUUCCUCCCAAGGGUCUCAAGAUGGCCUCCACCUUCGUUGGUAACUCCACCUCCAUCCAGGAGCUCUUCAAGCGUAUCGGUGACCAGUUCACUGCCAUGUUCCGUCGCAAGGCUUUCUUGCAUUGGUACACUGGUGAGGGUAUGGACGAGAUGGAGUUUACUGAGGCUGAGAGCAACAUGAACGACUUGGUUUCCGAGUACCAGCAAUACCAGGAGGCCUCCGUCUCUGAUGCCGAGGAAGGUGACUACUACGAGGAGGGUGUCGUUGAGGAGGAGGUUUAA